CUGGCACAUCCGAGCCAGAUGGCGGCGCUUCUCAGUCCGAGAUUUUUCCGACCUUGUAAGGAAGUGGGCGCGGGCUGAGUAGAGCCAACGCCUCCUGAUUGGUGAGUCAUCGCAGAGAUGGACAGCUCCGUAGGCUCCGCCCCCACCGCUUUAUUGACACUAAUGAGCAAGUUCUUCCCACCGCUCUCCUGCCUGGAAGUGCUGACAGAUCAAGGCAACAAAUUUCAAUUACAAUCCCUAAUUUGUGUCCGCAGAGUGUUUUUUUACCCGUGUUAGUGCUCUCUGGCGCAUCAGUCCAGGCAGAUCUUGGAGCAGUAGGAGGAGGUGGAGGGGUUGGGAGUAAAGAAGUACAUCAGGGAGCUCUAGGCAGAGAGGGAGGGAAAGAAACUUGGCUGCUGCGUUCCUGCGUCCUCGGAUCCCAACGCCAGAGAGAAAGAGGAAACGGCAAAUUUGGUUUUAUUUUGCCGGCCGCGGGGAAGGGAGCAGAUCUCGGGAGGCGUCGGGAGCUGCGGAGCGUUUGGUGGGGCCAGGAAGGCGAGCGCGUGCCUGCGCCCCGGCCGCGGGUUUAUGAGAGAGGGGCGGGCGGGCGCGGGGCGGCGGGGAUGGCGGAGAAGCGGAGGGGCUCGCCGUGCAGCAUGCUAAGCCUCAAGGCGCACGCCUUCUCGGUGGAGGCGCUGAUCGGCGCCGAGAAGCAGCAACAGCUUCAAAAGAAGCGGAGAAAGCUGACCACGGAAGAGGCGGCCGGGGCGCCGGACGACGCUGGCUGCAGCCGUGGCGGUGGCGUGGGCGAUCAGGGCUGCUCCGAGGCCGACGAAGACGCAGCUCUCCCGCUGCCGCCAGCCGGGGCGGCGUCCGGGACAGCGCGGAGCUGCACGGACGUGGAGCGGAGCUGUGGCUCCCGCGGAGCGGCGGGCAGCUGUGAGGACGGCUUCCUGCAGGGUGCCUCCCCGCUGGCGUCCCCGAGAGAUUCCCCGAAGGGGUCUCCGGUACCGGGCCUAGCCCGGACAGGGACCCCGCUACCCGCGCCGCAGGCCCCGAGGGUGGAUCUGCAAGGAGCGGAGCUCUGGAAGCGCUUUCACGAAAUAGGCACGGAGAUGAUCAUCACGAAAGCCGGCAGGCGCAUGUUUCCAGCAAUGCGAGUGAAGAUCUCAGGAUUAGAUCCUCACCAGCAGUAUUACAUUGCCAUGGAUAUUGUGCCAGUGGAUAACAAGAGAUACAGGUAUGUUUACCAUAGCUCUAAAUGGAUGGUGGCAGGCAAUGCUGAUUCCCCUGUGCCACCCAGGGUGUAUAUUCACCCAGACUCACCUGCCUCUGGGGAGACUUGGAUGCGACAAGUGGUUAGCUUCGACAAGCUGAAGCUUACCAACAAUGAACUGGAUGAUCAAGGCCAUAUCAUUCUUCAUUCUAUGCACAAAUACCAGCCACGUGUGCAUGUCAUUCGCAAAGACUGUGGGGACGAUCUUUCGCCCAUCAAGCCUGUUCCUUCUGGGGAGGGAGUGAAGGCUUUCUCCUUCCCAGAAACAGUCUUCACGACUGUCACCGCCUAUCAGAAUCAGCAGAUUACUCGCCUUAAGAUAGACAGGAAUCCAUUUGCCAAAGGUUUCCGAGACUCUGGAAGGAACAGAAUGGGAUUGGAAGCCCUGGUGGAGUCAUAUGCAUUCUGGAGACCAUCACUACGGACUCUAACUUUUGAAGAUAUCCCUGGAAUUCCAAAGCAAGGAAAUACAAGUUCUUCCACUUUACUCCAAGGUACUGGGAAUGGUGUUCCUGCCGCACACCCUCACCUGUUGUCUGGCUCCUCCUGCUCCUCUCCUGCCUUCCAUCUGGGGCCAAACACCAGCCAGCUAUGUAGUCUGGCUCCAGCUGACUACUCUGCCUGUGCGCGUUCGGGCCUCACCCUCAACCGCUACAGCACUUCCUUGGCAGAGACCUACAACAGGCUCACCAACCAGGGCAGCGAGACCUUUGCCCCACCCCGGACUCCCUCCUAUGUGGGUGUGAGCAGUAGCCCAUCUGUGAACAUGUCUAUGGGUGGCACUGAUGGAGACACCUUCAGCUGCCCACAGACCAGCUUGUCCAUGCAGAUUUCAGGGAUGUCCCCUCAACUCCAAUACAUCAUGCCAUCACCAUCCAGCAAUGCCUUUGCUGCUAACCAGACCCACCAGGGUUCCUACAACACUUUCCGGUUACACAGUCCCUGUGCCUUGUACGGAUAUAACUUCUCCACAUCCCCCAAACUGGCGGCCAGUCCUGAGAAAAUUGUUUCUUCCCAAGGAAGUUUCUUGGGGUCCUCACCAAGUGGGACCAUGACUGAUCGGCAGAUGUUGCCCCCUGUGGAAGGAGUGCACCUGCUUAGCAGUGGGGCCCAGCAGAGUUUCUUUGACUCUAGGACCCUAGGAAGCUUAACUCUGUCAUCUUCUCAAGUGUCUGCACAUAUGGUCUGAUGAAGCCUUUAAGCU